AUGGUGAUGCGCCCUUCUAACUUCGAACCUGGGCGGAGUUAUCCUGUACUCCACUAUAUCUACGGUGGUCCGGGAAUUCAACUAGUUCGAAAUGACUAUAGCACAUGGAUCCCAUUCCAAAAAUAUACGAAACUUGGAUUUGUUGUGGUAAUGUUAGAUGGACGGGGAUCCAGCAAUCGAGGCACUGAGUUUGAGUUUCCCAUCUUCGGAAAAUUGGGUCAGUGCGAGGUUGAAGAUCAAGUUGAAGGUUUGCGUGAAGUUGCUCAGAUCAUGGAUGGAAUGCUGGAUUUGAGUCGAGUAGUGGUUCAAGGAUGGAGUUACGGCGGUUACAUGUCGCUGUUAGCACUAGCGAAAUACCCAGAUGUUUUCCGUGCAGCAAUAGCAGGAGGGGCGGUAACUGAUUGGAAGUUGUACGACACUGCUUAUACGGAACGAUAUCUAGGAUAUGGAUCGGAUCGAGAUCCGUUCUAUGAUGAGUCUUCAGUCAUUAAGCAUGUCGAAAAGCUUCCAGACCAACCUGGUCGUCUUCUAAUCGUUCACGGCCUUUUGGAUGAGAAUGUCCAUUUUCGGCACACGGAAGCACUUAUAGAACAACUGAUCAAAGCAGGGAAGCCUUAUCAGUUGCAGGUAACUUGUCGCAUGACUAGCUAUUCAUCACGACAGAAAUGGCUGCUAAAGGCCCAUUUUCAUAGCAUUGCAUGA